UGUCCUCCUCACACUUGCUCCGAGGACUGGCGGACGUACGACCGUGUCUCUGUAGCGGAGGACAGCCCUGUCACCACGCCUUCAGGAGGCGCUGCUUCUCGGCUCAAAGCCCUCAUUUUUGCACGUUUUUUUUAACCUGUCCAGGACAAGGGGAUUUAAUUUUAAUGUUUGGUUGUGUUUAAAUCUGCAAGUCACCUGACAUUUUGAACCAGGCAGCGGCUCUCGAGUGAGUCCGGCUCUAACCCAAGAAGCUCCGCGAGCCCUCAUUCAUUUGGGGAAUAUCGGCGUUUUCUGUUGAUUUGUCAUCGGCUACAAACUGGAUCGCAGAUGGGGAUUGAAGUGUAGUGUUGUCAGGAAUGCCCCAGACUGUGUGCACAGGCACCAUGUUUACCACCCCCGCUGGCUUCAGCCCUCACCUGGCCUGUGCUGAACCUGGGGAGGAGGAGGAGGAGGCGCCGCAGGAAGGUCCGGGGCCCGGGGCUUGUCUGGCUGAAGGGCCCCCGAUCACCUCUGCAUCCCUGGACACCUUGAUCCAGAACCUGGUGCCCACUGCUGAUUACUACCCCGAGAAAGCCUACGUGUUUGCUUUCUUGCUGAGCGCUCGUUUGUUCAUUCCGCCCCCGGAGCUGCUGUCCCGGGUGUGUGAGCUGUGCAUCAAACAGCAGCAGCUGGACCAGAGCCCGCUGGACACGGCAAAAGUGCGGAAGUUUGGCCCCAAGAUCCUGCAGCUGCUGACGGAAUGGACGGAAACAUUUCCCUCGGACUUCAGGGAAGAGAAGAUGGUCGGGCAGCUUAAGGACAUCAUCCACAGGAUAGCUCCGUGCGAUGAGGCGUACUGGAAAACCCUGAACCAGGUGCUUCAGAAGCUCAGCCAGAGGCUGGACCUGAUGAGCCGGGAGGAGGAGAGCAUCAUCAAGGUCUCGCUCAACGCCUCCUCAAUCUCCGAUAAGCUGGCCGCCUUCAAGACCAAGCCCCUGCCCAUCCAGAAGGACAUCCUUUCCAUCUGCAAUGACCCCUACACGCUGGCGCAGCAGCUCACCCACGUGGAGCUGGAGCAUUUGAGCCACAUUGGACCUGAAGAGUUUGUUCAAGCCUUCGUUCAGAAAGACCCGCUAGAUGGAACGCUGCCAUGUUUCGGUGACCAGAAGAAGAAAACUUCCAAUCUGGAGGCUUAUGUCCGCUGGUUCAACAGACUCUGUUACCUAGUGGCUACAGAAAUUUGCAUGCCAGCAAAGAAGAAGCAGAGAGCCCAGGUUAUAGAGUUCUUCAUCGAUGUGGCCAGAGAGUGUUUCAACAUUGGAAACUUCAACUCUCUUAUGGCUAUUAUCUCUGGUAUGAAUAUGAGUCCUGUGUCCCGUCUGAAGAAGACCUGGGGCAAAGCCAAGACUGCAAAGUUCUUCAUUCUCGAGCACCAGAUGGAUCCUACAGGAAAUUUUUACAACUACAGGACCGCUCUGAGAGGGGCCGCCCAUCGCUCCCGGACUGCAAACAGCAACAGAGAAAAGGUUGUGAUUCCAUUCUUCAGCCUGCUGAUUAAAGACAUUUAUUUUCUGAACGAAGGCUGUGCCAACCGCCUGCCCAACGGCCAUGUCAACUUUGAGAAAUUUGUGGAGUUGGCCCGACAGGUUGGAGAGUUCAUGACGUGGAAGCAGGUGGAGUGUCCGUUUGAAGAGGAUCAGGCUCUCCUGCACUACCUCCACACUGCUCCCAUCUUCAGUGAGGACGGACUUUACCUUGCAUCGUACGAAAGUGAGAGUCCAGAGAAUCAGGUAGAGAAGGACAGGUGGAAAGCCCUCAGGUCAAACGUCUUGGGGAAGACAUGAUGGGCUGAUGGGAGCUGACCCCCCCCUCUCCUCUCCAUCUAAAAAAGAGAGGAAUUUCUUUGCACUAAUCUGAACUGUGAAGGAACCUAAAGCUGGUACUUUGGUGUUUUGUUUUAUUUUUAUGAAGAGAUAGUGAGGGGGGGGCAAAAAAAAG